AUGAAUCCAUCUCAACAACAAAUAAUACCUCAACAACCAAAUCAACCAAUCUACCCUAGGGUAGGAGUAUUUUGGAAUCUAUGGGAGGCAGCAGUUCCUCCCAUGAUCAAUGUACCUUCACUUCUUGCACAACUCAAACUUUUUGCAAUGUCUUUUGGAGUACUCAAACAAUUCAUGGUUCUUUCAGACGUUUCCAAUGCUGUCCAGACCCGAUAUUAUGACACACGAUCAGAGUUUAAAAAACAUGGAGUGCCAUUGCACGAAAUUCAAUCUGGUGUUUCUCGAGCAACAAGUGAUCGUUCAGAAAUGGUUGGUCGCAUAUGGGAAUUUGUUUUUGAUAAUUACGAAUUCUCUUUAUCCAAUGGUCUACAUAUUAUUUUGAUCGAUAGAAAGGCAAACGAAUAUUCAAUUGUAAAAUCUUUAAAAUCAAGAGGAAUUCAAGUUACUACUUUAUCCUCACCUUUUCCACCAGUAUUCAAAAAUAAUAAUCAACCAUCCGAUUCACAUUCAUUUUUUUCAGAGGAUAAUAAUUUAAGUUAUAAUCAACAACAACAAACACAACAACAAACUCAUCACCAACAACAAAAUCAACAUCAACAACAACAACAACAUCAACCACAACAAGAGUAUUACAGACAACCAUCACAACAACAACAACAACAAAAUUAUAAUACUAAUCAUUAUGGAAAUAGUUCUGGAAACACUGGCAAUGAUGAAAUUAAUUAUAAUUAUAAACCCCAACAACAACAUAAUAAUAAUAAUAAUAAUCAUUACCAUCACCAACAUCAUCAACAACAACAACAACAAAAUUAUCAUUCAAAUCACUACAAUCAAAAUAUAGAUCAUCAUGAAAGUGAUUUUAUGGAUGAUGGAGAUAUUGUUGGUAAUCAUAAUAUAGAUCAUAUUACCAAUAGUACCAAUGGUUUGUCGUUGGGAUCAUCACAAAAUCUAAGUUUGGUAAAUAGUGGAGGCAAUAUUUCACCACCUCACUCUGUUGUGACCCAAGCCUCGUUGCCCUCACCGCAACUCCAGUCCCAAUCUUCCACACCCACCUACCACCCUGUAUCUAGUACUACUCCCACCUCUUCACCAAGUUUCCCAGCCCUUAAUUUGGGAGGGAUUUCAAUUGGUAACUCACCGUCACUUUCUUCACCAACCCUUUCAGGGUCAUCGUCUUCUUCCUAUUCAUCGCCGAUGACCACUCCUCACCAACCACCCACUCCUACCAACCCCCUUUCACUUUCCUCUGCGUUCCAUUCAUUGGCAGCGUCUUCUGCAUCUUCAUCACCCAUACACACGCCAAAAUCCUACACAUCCUCUCCUUUGCCAUCGCCAACUGCAUCUAGUGCAUUUGUUCCACCAAUCAAAACCAACAAUCUUAUUUCAAACCCUGUUUUACCUUCACCUACUCAUCAACAACAACUUCAACAUAAACAACAACAACAACAACAACAAAUUCAUCAUCAACAAUUACAACAACAACAACAAAUUCAACAACAACAAAUACAAAUUCAACAACAUCAACAAAUACAACAACAACAAAAACAUCAACAAAUUCAACAACAACAACAACAAAUUCAACAAAAUCAACAACAACAACAAAAUCCUCAAUUUGAUAAUAAUACCUUGAAAAGUUUAUUUACAGUUAUUCAAGGUCUCAAAGAUGAUGGAUUUAGACCAACUUUUAAAGUAAUUCUACCAAGACUUGGAAAUCUUUUGGGAGUACGUAUCCAUCGUUCUGCAUUUGAAAAGAUUCUUGAAAAGGCCAAGAACAACAACUUCCACAUUGAUUACACCACCAAGACCAUCUACCACAAGGAUGACAUCUAUGGUGGCUCUGAUCCUCACCAUGCCGACAAGUCCCACUUUGCCAAAGAAGAGUUGACCGAGUUCCUUCAACUCAUUGAAUCGUCCCAAGUCAAAGUUUUCCCCUCGAGAUUUAAUAUGGUUCUCUGGGUAACAUCUUGUAAUCUUCCUCUUAUAAGUAAACUCAAGCAGGGUCAAAUAGUCGAGCUUUGUCAAGUUGCCAUCAAUGAAAAAUAUGUUUCACUUGAUGAAAACAAAAAAGGUUCAAAAACAUCAACAAAAGAUCAACAACAACAAUAA